AUUGACAUCACAGCUGUUCGAUGGCUGUUCGGUUCGUUUUGUGAUUUGUCUGGCACUGAUAAAUGUCGCUAGGUGCGAUUUUAAUGUAAUAAUCAGAAAGUAUCAUCUUAUGUGGAAAGGAUUAUUCAGAUUAUCAGUGAAAAAAUAAUAAAAUACUAUGCCUCUUUUUGGUAAGUCUCAGAAGAGCCCCGCGGAGCUUGUUAGAUCGUUAAAGGAUGCGGUAACUGCUCUGGAAAGAGGUGACAAAAAAGCUGAAAAGGCGCAAGAAGAUGUUAGCAAAAACUUGGUGUUGAUAAAAAACAUGCUUUAUGGCACUUCUGAUGCAGAACCACAAGCGGAUAUUAUAGUGGCUCAGCUCGCUCAGGAACUUUAUAAUACAAAUUUACUACUUCUUCUCAUUCAAAAUUUAAAUCGCAUCGACUUUGAAGGAAAGAAGGAUGUUGCGCAAGUGUUUAAUAAUGUGUUGAGACGUCAGAUUGGCACCCGAUCACCUACAGUUGAGUACAUAUGUACCAAGCCAGAAAUUUUGUUCACCUUAAUGUCUGGAUAUGAGCAUCAGGAAAUUGCAUCAAACUGUGGCACUAUGCUGAGAGAGUGUGCCAGAUAUGAAGCUUUAGCUAAAAUAAUGUUAUACUCUGAUGAUUUUUACAAUUUCUUCCGUUAUGUUGAAGUAUCCACAUUUGACAUUGCCUCUGAUGCCUUCUCUACAUUUAAGGAAUUAUUAACAAGACACAAAUUAUUGUGUGCUGAGUUUUUAGAAGCAAAUUAUGAUAAGGUGUUUAGUCACUACCAGAGAUUGUUGAACUCGGAAAACUAUGUAACUCGACGGCAAAGUCUCAAGUUGCUUGGUGAACUACUCCUGGAUCGGCACAACUUUUCGAUAAUGACCCGUUAUAUAACCAAUCCCGAUAACUUGAAACUUAUGAUGAAUAUGCUAAAAGAAAAAUCGCGCAAUAUACAAUUUGAAGCUUUCCAUGUUUUUAAGGUUUUUGUAGCUAAUCCAAAUAAACCAAAACCAAUUUUAGAUAUAUUGCUUCGAAAUCAAGAUAAAUUGGUGGAUUUUCUGACUAAGUUUCAUACAGACCGCUCUGAAGAUGAACAGUUCAAUGAUGAAAAGGCUUAUCUUAUAAAGCAAAUUAAGGAAUUGAAACCGGUAGAACACUAACAUUUAUUGCAUUUUGUCACAUCACCACUUCCUCAUGAAAGAAGUUAGUUAUAGACGCUAUAUUAUAUUUAAAUGCUUCUAAGUCACCAAAUGGUGUCGUGCGCGCCGAACACACUAGACUCCCAAAUAAUUAUAAAGGAUAUACAUUCGGUCUGUGAUGAGUCAAGAGUAAAAGUAUAUUUGUGCUACGAGCAAAUUAACAUUUGUAGGAAUUUUUAGUGUUAUUUCUAUGGUUUCGCUUAUACUUUUUGUAAGUUGUUAAAACCAUUUUAGUUAUUAUGACGUGUUUAGUGACAGUUCCUAAGUCACAAUGGAAAUAGUAUAUCUAUAUUAUAGUAGCAUACAAACAGUUGUUAAAUUAGGACAUUAAAAUGUUGAUGAGAAAGUCUGUUUCUAAAGAUCUUUUACCAUACUAUUAUGUAAUUUGUAAAUAUGACAUAUAUUUUUUACUUUAUCAUUUUAUUCAUGUUUAAACCUUUAGGAUUGAGCAUCAAUAUCUUAUAUAUUUCAAACAAUAUUGUCAGUAUUGGUUAUUUAUUCUUUAUGGUAUAUCUACAUUAUGUAUAUAUUGCUAAGUGCUUUGAGAAUAACUAGUUUAAUUUAGCAGCACUGUUGAAUACUUGUAAAUUCAAUGUCUUGUUUUAAAUUAUAAUUUAUAUAAUCAUUUUAAGAAACGAGGCAUAAAUAAAGAUUUGUUUUGUCAUCACAUUUAUACAUUCUGUCAGCUGAAUAAAAUAUUUAUAUCAGUAUAUAUUUAAUUUUAUUUGCAAAUGUUACAAAUGAACAAAUUGUGUUAGAUGGUGUUAACGCAGUACUAUGUGAAUCGGCCGAAAUCCUAAGAAAAUGCUUUAAAAGAACCAAUAGAAAAUUGUUUUUACAGUGUUUUAUCAUUUUAUUAUUAUUUUCUAUUGGUUUUUUUUAUAUAUGUUUUCAAUAUUAGAUGGAAUUUUUUAAAAUGUCCACUGAAAAUGAAAGUCACUGCACAUGUUGCUUAUCUGUACGAUAUAUCGACGAUUAAAAAAGCAAUGGUUACAUUAUAUGAUAAGCAAUUAAAAAGUAACGUUUUGCAUCGAUAAUAUCGUAGCUUGCUAGGCAAAAAUAAUUUAUAAAAUAAUUUAGACAAGUCGAAUAUAUUUCGAAUCGUAAAGCAGGGAUAAUGUCUUAAAAUCUAAAUUAGCCACAAUAUACCUAAUAACAUAACCACAUUUUGUACAUUGGGCAAAUUUUGUCACAUGAUGAAUAAAUUAUUAGAAAAA